CCCAGCUCCCGAUUUCCGCAUCCCUGGAAUUCCUGCCCCCCCCUUCCCCUGGGACUGAGGGCUGUGAUCUCGCUGGCUCUGCAGGAGUUAAUUACGGGCAGUCCGGAGGGGAGAUGGCGAGGCCUCUAGAAUCCGGGACCCCUCCCCACCCCCAGCGCCCCCCAAGGCCAGGCCGAGUCUCCCUUCUCCAGAGGCAGAGCGCUGCGGUUGGAGAGGAAGGAGCCGCCCCCUCCCCCUGCCGCCGCCACUUCCUUUGUUGUUGCUUUUGUCUCACGCCGAGCACAUGGUCCGGGAUCCUCGGCUCUUAAAGUCACAGCGCUCUGGCCCCGACGCCGCCGUAUGGCCUCCAGCCCCCGAUGUCCCUCCGAGCCCGGCACAAAGGAGUGAGAGGGGGAUGAGGGAGGCCCCUCUCUGGGCGAGUAUCUGUACCACGACCUCCCCACCCACGUCCCCAGUCCCAGGGAGGGAUGGCUGAGGAAGCUCCCCGAAUCCCGCAACCUGCUCCUGGCCCACAUUGAGGAGGGGCUUGCUCCUCAGGGACACUGAUUUCCUCCCCCAGUAAUGUGACCACCUGGUUUUUUGCGUCUUGCCUCUUGUGGCUUUAUUUGGGAGCUCUGGGAAGGAGAGAUUUCCACUCCCAUUUUACAGUUGUGGCAACUGAGGCGCACAGAAGGGAAGAUUUCCUUGACCAAGGUCACCCAGGGAGUCUGGGCUGGCCAACAACUCUUAACUCGCAGCCUGGUGGUCCUGCUCUCAGCUGCCUCCAGGCACCACAGUUAGGGAGCUCUGCUUGCCCACCAGUCAGUGCUGGGCCCAACCCGCCUCUUUUUUGAGGGGUGGGAGGGGGGCUCCUCAGCCUGCCUGAGUCUGCUCCUGUUCUCAGGGCCUGACUUAGCUUAUCUGCAAAACAGUCCCUGUACCUGCAAACAGCCCCCAGGCCCAAAUGAUAUGUCAGGAUCUCCCUAGACCAGGAUGGGGAUAGGAACUAGGGAGUUGGCUGCCUCCUGGGCGAGGGGGUGGUUGCAAGGUGCAGUCCCUGCUUCUGGGCGAGAUUGGAUUUAGGGACCCUCAAGACCCUUUUACGGAGCCCUCACUGAGAGCCCAGCGCAGAGGAGUUGUGGUGAAAGGCAGAGCAGUUAGGUGGUGGCCUUGUUGUUUGACCUUGAGCAAGUUGCUGCUCCAGCUCUGGGCCUUACUUGCUUCUUUCCACAAUAGGUCUAGUCAGGAUGCCUGAAAGAGAAAGCUCUCCUGAUCUCCUUUAGGGCCUGCAGUAGAGAAUUGGCAUUAGGUAAUUCUUGAGGUUACUGAUGGUAAUGAGAGUCAGGGGUUGAGGAAAUCUGGGCCUAGCGGGCCAGCCAGGACUAAUUCUGUCCUUCUUUGGCUUUGUGGUCUGCAGCAAGUUACUUUCUUUCUCCUGGUCUCAGUUUCCUCAACUGUGAAGUGGGUGAGUUCCCCAUGGGACAUCUCUGUCUCCAGUCAAGAACCAGGGUCCCCUCCCUUGCCAGCUGGGAGGGGAUAUUCCCUGAGGGAGGCAUGUUUCCCAGCUGCCUCCUGCAGAGCUUAAAAUAGCAUCUUUAAGCUGCUUGGGGGGUGGGGUGAAGGUCAGCCUGUUGUAUUUUCUGAUAGUGAUUGGUCACACCUAAACUUUACAAAUCACUGCAGCAGCCUUUAAGCAGUCUUGGGAGGUGAUUAUUGGGCUAUUCCUAUUUUACAGAUGAAUAAACUGAGGCUCAGAGAGGGGAGGCGAUGUGCCCAAUCCUCAGCCAAGACUCUGGCCAGAAGUCAGGGUAUUGUGUGUAAGAAUGCAAGGGUCAACACUGUCAUCUUUGUCACCGUCAGUCACAGCUAGAGGCCUUCUGUCUGGUGGUUGGGUUUCUCGGCUCCUUGCCACUUCCUUUCCUGAGGUGUGGGUGUCCUUGAAGAGGCUGGCCAGAGCAGAUUCCCAUGGGCCUAGGCCUCUGUGAUUCUGCACCCCUGAGCCUUGACACUGCCCGGACUUCAAGACAGCCUGGCACAAGAGGAGCAGUUGAGGCCACUGCCAUGUCCCAGUGCACUCACAGCUCCAACUGACUGGCCUUGGACCUCACUUCUCUGAGCCUCAGCAUGCCUACUUCUGAAGGUUGCUAUGAGGACUUAUCAGGAUGGCACAUGGGAAGUAUUGUAUACUCCUCAUAGGCAGGACUGUGGGCUCCCAGGAUCUCAGAGGUCAGUUAGAACAGAGGUUCUCAAGCACCUGCCUGUGCUGUAGAAACUGCUGGGGAAUUUAGUAGAAAUCUAGGUGCCCUUGUUCCCCAACCCUCCAAAGAUUCUGAUCCAAAAAUCUGGGGUGGGUCAGGAGUCUGUUGUUAAGUUAUUUAGGGGUUUCCUCUGAGUCUCUCUUGGCCUUUGUUUGCUCGGCUGGAUUAUCAGCAGGAAUCAAGGAGGCUGUGUGUGUACACAUGAGUGUAAGGAUAUGCACUUGGCCCACGCUGGGGGCUCACGACCCCAGUCACCUGUGGUGGGCAGGCAAGGAAUGGGCCUGGGGUGGCCUGGAGAGAAAACUCAUGCCCAGAGUGAGGUGGGUCAAGCAGAAAUGAGGGCCCAGUGGGACCAGAUUUUCUGCUUCCUUCCCCCCGCCACACACACAACACACUGAAAGGACAGAUUUUUUUAUGUCCCAGUUUUUAAUCAUUGGCACUAGCUUCACUGCUGCCAGACAUGGCCUUAGACCUAUGUAAUUGGCUCUCCAGUGUGCAUUUACCACAUCAGGCCUGCCCUGUGCUGGACACAAGCUGGUCACUGGGCCCUGCCCACCCCUCUGCCAAGUGCUGGAGCCCAGGUUGGGUGGGAGAAAUGUGAAUUUCAGCUCUAUUGUGGCUGUGGCCUUGGCCCUGUGCUGUCUUAUCAGGUGAAGAGCCUCCCUUUCAGGCUCAUUUUGAAAGUCAGGGCCCAUGCACGUAAAGCCCAGCACAGAGGAAAGGAACAAGGUGUUGAGGGGACAGUACACCGGUUCCCUAGCUGUGUUAGCAGGGAGGUGACACUUAAAGCUGGGUAUGAAGGAAGCAUAGGAGUUUUGUUAGAUGGAGGCAGGGUUCCCUGUGGCAGGAACAGCCAAAGGCUGGUCCUGUUGGAUGCGCCCUUCAGCAUUGCAGGGUCUGACAGUUUCCAGAGUUUUCCCUGCCAGGGCCUCAUUCCAACCUCUGGAGUUAAUGAGUGGUCCCCCCAACUUUCCCCACCUGGACCCUAGCUCCUGCCCCGCCCCAUUCUCACUCAACUUCCUCCCUUAGGUUUAGGUUCUUGCUUCCUCUUUUCUCAGCAAGCCCCACCUCCCACUUGGGGGCUGUGUUGGGUCUGGUUUGCAUGCACUGCCCCCACACACAAAGGGCCUGGCUGCACGCCAGACCCACCAGUUCACCAGAGGUUGACUUCCUUCAUCACGUCCUGCCAGAACCCUUGGGCUGGACCCCUUCCCAUCAGCAUCAGUGUGCAGCAAGAGGCUGGUAGUCAGCCCACCUCCCAGCUUUGACACUUAUUGUGAGGCCUUGGGCAAGUCCUUUCGUCUCUGAGCCUCAGUUUUCUCUUCUGCAAAAUGAGGCUAACAGUACCUUACUUGAAGAGUAGGUGAAGUCCCAUUUGGGUAGGCACUGUGGGAACAGAUUAUGAAAAGAAAGUAUACAGUCAGCCCUCUCUAUCCAUGGGUUCCACAUCCAUGGAUGUAACCAAUUGCAGAUUUAAAAUACUUAGGGAAAAAAAUUCCAUAAAGUUGCAAAAAACAAAACUUGAAUUUGUCACUUACAUAGCAUUUACAUCAUAUUUACAUAGCAUUUACAUUGUAUUAGGUAUCAUAAGUAAUGUAGAAAUGAUUUAAAGUCCAUGGGAGGAUGUGUGUAGAUUAUAUGCAAAUAUUAUACCAUUUUAUAUAAGGGACUUAAGCAUCCUCGGAUUUUGGUAUCGUGGGGGUCCUAGAACCAAUCCUUCGUGGAUACUGAGGAAUGACUGUACUGACUUGGCUUGGACUGGGAACCCCGAGGGCAAGAACCAAGUCAGAACCUCUCACCUGUUACUAGUGGAAGAACCAGGCCCCAGGCCUGUUUGCAAUCCAUCUUGAGCCAACCAGACAGAAGGGAGGAAGCUGGAGUCCCCUCAGGAGCCCCAGUUACCUAGAGGUCAGAGUUGUAGAUCCCCACGCCAGGACAGGUUUUCCUGGAGACCCCACCCUGAGGGGGCCUUACCAGAGCCCCCUGGCCUGGAAGCAUGCCGGCCAGCCCUCUGAACUUACCCUGAGGCGGACCCUGAUCUCAUUUCACAGCGCAGGAAACUAAGGCCUGGACUCCCUGCAGGCCAAGCCUGAACCCUAGUGCCAGAGCGCAGCGCUGCCUGGGGAGCCCAGGGUGUGGUGGGCAUCAGUGGCCUCUGGAACCAGGCUGCAGAGGUUUGAUUCUGUCUCCCCGACCCCUAAUGGAGCAAGGGACUGGACUUCUCUGUACCUUAGUUCCUUUGUCGGUUUGCUUCCUAGGGUUGUGAGCACUGGCCCAGCCCCUCCACCCCUCUGCCUCCCCUGAUGCAGCCAUGGGCUCUGGCAGUGACUAGGUGGCCGCCCUCUGCCCCUGUGGGUCAGCGGCGAUUCUCUGCAGGACCCAGCAGCAGCCCAGGCCAGCUCUGGGGAAGUGGGUAGUGACCUUGGCUUCUCUCCAUGCUCUGUGAAUGAGCGGCCCCCGUCAGUGCUACUGGGGCUUCCUCUCUGUGGUGCAGCCCUGGCCGUGAGGGCCCCCUGGCCAGCCCACCUACCCAGGAUGAGCGCUUACCCUCCCAGCAGCCGCCGACCCGACCAGCAUACCUCCCCGUAGAGGAGCGCCGAGCCUCGGCUCCUGCCGGCGGGAGCCCCCGAAUGCUGCACCCAGCCUCCCAGCAGAGCCCGUUCAUGGUUGAUCUCCACGAGCAGGUGCACCAGGGACCUGUCCCUCUGUCCUACACAGUCACCACAGUGACGACCCAAGGCUUCCCCUUGCCUACAGGCCAACACAUCCCUGGCUGCAGCACCCAGCAGCUCCCAGCAUGCUCCGUGAUGUUCAGCGGGCAGCACUAUCCCCUCUGCUGCCUCCCGCCCCCGCAGCUGAUCCAGGCAUGUACCAUGCAGCAGCUCCCUGUGCCCUAUCAGGCCUACCCCCACCUUAUCUCCAGUGACCACUAUAUCCUGCACCCUCCACCGCCAGCCCCACACCCCCAGCCCGCUCAUAUGGCGCCUCUUGGGCAGUUUGUGUCGCUGCAGACCCAGCACCCACGUAUGCCCCUGCAGCGGCUCGACAGUGAUGUGGACCUGCGGGGGGAUCAGCACCCCCUGGGGAGCUUCACCUACUCCACCUCUGCCCCGGGCCCAACUCUGUCCCCAUCCGUGCCCCUGCACUACCUGCCCCACGAUACCCUGCACCAGGAGCUGUCCUUUGGUGUGCCAUAUUCCCACAUGAUGCCCCGGAGACUGAGCACCCAGAGAUACCGCCUACAACAGCCGCUCCCGCCACCACCCCCGCCGCCUCCACCACCACCGUAUUACCCCAGCUUCCUGCCCUACUUCCUCUCGAUGCUGCCAAUGUCACCAACAGCAAUGGGGCCCACCAUCAGCCUGGAUCUUGAUGUGGAUGACGUGGAGAUGGAGAACUAUGAGGCCCUCCUGAACCUGGCAGAGCGGCUGGGAGACGCCAAGCCUCGCGGCCUCACCAAAGCGGACAUCGAGCAGCUUCCAUCGUACCGCUUUCAUCCUGACAGCCACCAGUCAGAGCAGACGCUGUGUGUCGUCUGCUUCAGCGACUUCGAGGCACGGCAGCUGCUCCGGGUCCUCCCCUGCAACCACGAGUUCCACACCAAGUGUGUCGACAAGUGGUUGAAGGCCAACCGGACGUGUCCCAUUUGUCGGGCUGACGCUUCCGAGGUGCCCAGGGAGGCUGAGUGAGGUCCACAGCCACCCAGGAGAACCCUGCCCAAAGCUCUGGAAACUCCGGGGGCCCCGGAAGGCCGAGGAGGGCGUGGCCCAGGCCUGCCCUGCCGUUCCUGCCUGCAUCUCCAGAGCUGGUGCCAGGGUCAGCCCGAGAGAAGCCCCUGCAAUAAGCCCUUGCAUUUGCCAAGCUCCAAAGACUCCCUCCCCGUUUGCCCACCAGUCUAAAAGACGCCCGCCAGGGAGCGGCCUGAGAGUCCCUAACUCAGUCUCUCCUAUUUGCCCUCGGGUCUGUCUCCUUUUCUUGCCGGCCCUGGGAGCCAGGGGUUCAUUACCCUCGUGUGGCUGGUGGAGAUCCUUGGCCCCGGGAUGGGCAAAGGGGGUGCUGUCCUCGGUCGCCUGGUCUCUUGCACUGAAGUGGUGUGCUCUCUGCUCAGGUGGCACUGACAGGCGUGGACAGACAGUGGCAGGAGGCCAGUGGGUUCUCCUGCCUUGACCCCAGACAGACUCAGGCAGCCAGCCCCACCCAGGUUGCUGUGGGGUGGGGCUGGCUCCCUAGAGGACCCUCACCUCGGGUACAACAUUCCUGCCCCAAGCCCAGGCUGGAGGGCAUCAGAGCCAACCUCCCGAGCAGGUGGGAGGCAGGCCCUGACCCGGGACGGCAUGUAUCCUGAGGGGGCCUGGACCAGGCCAGGGAGAGUGAUUUCCUGUGUUGCUGGUGGCUGCCCCUGCCUGGCGGUGACAGGGCCCAGACCCAUGCCCCAUCUCCCCUCUCUGUCGUUUUGCAUGAACGUGAGGAGCAGCAGUUUUUGUUUAUUCAUUUGGCCCAAAAUCGCGUGUAGGAUUUGAGGGUGUGGAUUUUUUAAACAAUUUCUUUUCUUUUGGUUUAAUGGGCGGGGGGGUGUAUAGGGACCAACCAGGACCAAGUGCCCAGGGGCAGGGAAUGGUCUGGUGGUGCCGCCUGGUCUGCAUGCAUGUGCGCGGCUGGGGCGGGGCCAGGCGGCUGGCGGUCAUGGGUGGGGUUGGGGGGGCGGGGGGGGGGUCUGUGCUCAGCUGAUAACUGCCAUGCACUGUACUGCACACGUCCCCAGAGCCUACCGGGACCGUACGCUUUUCAGGGCAUUUCUCCCUCUCUAGCCAGGGCCUGUCUCCCACCUGCCUGGGCGUGUCUCCUCCAGGGAAGUCCCAGGGGGACAGGGUCCAAGGAGGGUGUGGACCCCGCCUCCAGGGGCCCCCUCCCAGCCUGAGCCCUGCCCUCCAAGACCUGGAGGAGCCCCCGGAGGGUCUGGCCGAGCUCCCUACCCUCACCCACCCGGGUCCCAUUCCGUUUCUUCCUCACCCCCCGCUGGGGUUGCUGCCCCGAACGAACCGCGUGUGGGGCCGGCACAUCCUAGCAGGCAGCCCCUGGCGCCUGCUGCCUCAGGGAUGCUCCAACCACCCUCGUUCUCCCGCAGCGGCCCUGGCCCACCGCCUCCCCCCAGCCUGCCGUGGGGCCCCAUCAGCCUGGCCCCCACCCCAUGGAGAACCCAGAGUCUUACUGUAUAUAACUCCAGGUGACAUUUCUAUAUUUAUAGCAGUGUUGAAACCCCACCUGUUUUACACAGAGAACUACCGUCUCCGACCCCCUCCCUUCCCCACCCCCCAAAAAAAAGGUUUUCGAAACCCUUAACGGUUCCUGGGGCAGGUGGAAACAGGCUCACGGAUGGUGUGUUGACUGCAGCAGUGAUUCCAACGAGCAGCUAUUGGGGGGGAAACACAACAUUUAAAAAAAAAAAAAAGUUUAAAAAAAAAGAUUUAUAAAACAAUUAUUUAGGAUGUUUGUGAUUUGCCGACCUUGCUAUAGAUGCCAUGUUACCAAUGAUUUCCUGUGGUGGGGGCUUGUCAUUGUUUACUCUUUUAUUUACCAACUUCUGGCCUAGGCAUGACAGUGGGUGCUGUCCCCCAGCCCUGGCUGGGCCCAGUGCCUGUAUUCUGUGUUAGAAAGGUCUUUUUUAUAUAUAUAUAUAUAUAUAAUAUAUAUAUAUAUAUAUAUAUAUAUAUAAAAUUACAUAUAUAUAUAAAUAUAUGUAAUUUGGGGGGCCCUGUUCCUUGCACAUUUUACAGUUACCUCAUUUUUCCCAUGUAUGUAUUUGAGAAAAUGCUAAUAUAUAGAGAAAAAAAUGGUUCUUAAAGCUUAAAUGUGUGGUUUUCUCCAUUCCAUUGGAUUCACAUUGGUUUGUAGCAUUUAACAUAACUAGUAUGUUGUAUUAUAUAUGUGUAUACUGAUUGAAAUUUUUAACAGAUUUGUACUUUUUUUAAAAUGAAACUUGCUAGUUCUGCUUGACCAAGUAGUGCAAUCAUUAUUUUUUUUAAUAUUGUUGCUGAUUUCAGAGGGAUAUUCACUAAUAAUAAAUGUAUGAUGUAUAUCGAGUACUGCCCAA